AUGGCCGCCUCCACCAUGUCCGUCUGCUCUGACGCUUGCACCAACUCCUCCUGGCAGGUGGACGACUGCCCAGAGAGCUGCUGUGAGCCUGGCUGCUGUGCCCUCAGCUGCUGCCAGUCCAGCUGCUGUGCCCCCAGCUGCUGUGUCCCCAGCUGUUGUGCCCCAGCCCCCUGCCUGACCCUCAUCUGCACCCCAGUGAGCUGUGGGUCCGGCCCCUGCUGCCAAUCUGCCUGCAGCAGCUGCUGCACACCCUCAUGCUGCCAGCAGUCUAGCUGCCAGCCCUCAUGCUGCACCUCCUCACCUUGUUGUGUGACCCUUUGCUGCAAGCCUGUCUGCUGCACACCCAUCUGCUCUGGAUCCUCCUGCUGCCAGCAGUCUAGCUGUCAGCCAUCCUGCUGUGUGCCUGUCUGCUGCAAGCCUGUCUGCUGCACACCCAUCUGUUCUGGAUCCUCCUCCUGCUGCCAGCAGUCUAGCUGCCAGCCCUCAUGCUGCCAGCCAUCCUGCUGUGUGCCUGUCUGCUGCAAGCCCUGCUCCAGCGUGUCCCUGCUCUGCCGCCCUGUGUGCAGACCUGCCUGCUGUGUUCCCAGCUCCUCCUGCUGUGCCUCCUCCUGCCAGCCCAGCUGCUGUCGCCCAGCCUCCUGUGUGUCCCUGAUCUGCCGCCCUGCCUGCUCAUGCCCCUCUUGUUGA